AUGGUUCUGGGCGACCAGCUCUCGCGCGAUCUGUCGGCGUUGCGCGACGCCGAUCCCGAACAUGAUGUGAUCGUGAUGGCCGAGGUGUGGGACGAAGCGACCUAUGUCCAGCACCACAAGAAGAAAAUGGCCUUCAUCUUCGCCGCCAUGCGUCAUUUCGCGGCCGGUCUCGAGGCCGAAGGCUUCACCGUCGACUACCGGCAGCUCGACGCGGACGAUGACGCGAUCGCCUCGUUCACCGACGCGUUGCGCGCUGCGGUCGAGCGGCACGGCGCCGACCGGAUCGUCGUCACCGAAGCAGCCGAAUGGCGGGUUCUGGCGAUGCAGCAGGGAUGGGCGGACCUUUUCGGAAUCCAGGUCGACGUCCGGUUGGAUGACCGCUUCAUUGCCAGCCACGCCGAUUUCGCCCGCUGGGCCGAUGGCCGCAAGGCGCUGCGGAUGGAGUAUUUCUACCGCGAGAUGCGCAAGGCCACGGGCUAUCUGAUCGAGGAUGGCGGGCCGGCCGGCGGGCAGUGGAACUUCGAUGCCGAUAACCGCGCGCCGCCCAAGGACGGGCUCGACUUUCCGGAACGUCCCGACUGGACCGUGGACGAGACGACGCGCGAAGUGCUCGAUCUGGUUGGCGAACGGUUCGGCGACCAUUUCGGCGAUCUCGAACCGUUUGCCUAUCCCGUCACCCGCCGGCAGGCGCUCCACUAUCUGAACUGGUUCGUCGAGCACGCGCUGCCCGAUUUCGGCACGUUUCAGGAUGCGAUGGUGACGGGCGCGGCGCUGAUGUUCCAUUCGCACCUGUCGGCGCUGAUCAAUGUCGGCCUGCUCGACCCGCGCGAAUGCUGCGAGCGGGCCCAAAAGGCGUGGCGGGACGGCGCCGUGCCGAUCAAUGCCGCCGAAGGCUUCAUCCGGCAGAUCAUCGGCUGGCGCGAAUUCAUCCGGGGUGUCUAUUGGCGGAACAUGCCCGACUAUGGCGACAGCAAUGCGCUGGGAGCGACGCGCGAUCUGCCCGACUGGUUCUGGAGCGGCGAGACGCACAUGAACUGCCUGCGCCAAGCCAUUACGGAAACGAAGGAAAAUGCCUACGCGCACCAUAUCCAGCGCUUGAUGGUCAUCGGCAAUUUCUCGCUUCUGGCCGGGCUCGAUCCCAAACAGGUGCAGGAAUGGUUUCUGAUCGUCUAUCACGACGCCUAUGAGUGGGUGGAGAUGCCGAACGUGGUCGGCAUGGCGCUUUAUGCGGACGAUGGCCUGUUCGCCUCCAAGCCCUAUGCGUCCUCGGGCGCCUAUAUCGACAAGAUGUCGGAUUAUUGCGGCUCGUGCCGCUAUCGGGUGAAGGUCAAGAACGGCCCGAAGGCGUGCCCGUUCAACUAUCUCUACUGGAACUUCCUGAUCGAGAACCGUGAGACGCUGGCCGGCAACCGGCGCAUGGGCAUGAUGUAUGGCACGCUCGACCGGAUGAGCGGCGACAAGGUCGAGGCCGUGCGCGACGAUGCGGCGCGGUUCUUCAAGGGGAUCGACGAAGCGUGA